AUGGCAACAAAAGAUUUUGCAAGAUUCACGCUGGAAAAAUGUGCGUUUUGGCAUGGCAUUCUUACAAUCAAUGACUCCAUUGUAACAUCUUUCUUUGAUAUAAAAUUCAAGAAAGAUGUACCAGAUCCAGACAAUUAUAUCGCUUUUGUUACAAAUGAUAUUCCUGCUUAUCCAAUUGCUGUAACAGACAAUUGCCAUGUAAGUCUUAAUAUAGAAAACAAUAUUAGUGGUAAUUCAAAUAAAAUCCGCGUUUGUGAUGUUAACUUCAGUGGUUCAGAACUUCAGAAGAUGAUCAACGAAGUACCAAAUGCCCAGAAUAUUGAUGUAGAAACAGAUACUGGCGAAUGGUCAUUUUCCAAUCAGAACGGACAAUGGAUUCUCCGAGGAAUAUCUGUUUACAUACAAUUAUCCCAUCUUAGAAAAUUUGUUAAAGAUGCAUAA